CGAGGGUGUGUUUCCGGAAAACGUGGCUGUUGCUGCAGUGGCAGCUGUCAUCUGGAGUAUAAUACUUUUUAGAUGAGCACUUAAAAAUUGUCUUUUACGCUCGGUCGUCGAGUUUGUGCCAAGAUGAUAUCCCUAACGGACUCACAAAAAAUCGGAAUGGGAUUAACAGGCUUUGGCGUGUUUUUCCUCUUCUUUGGGAUGAUCCUGUUCUUUGACAAAGCACUCCUGGCGAUUGGGAAUAUCCUAUUUGUUGCAGGACUGGCCUUUGUCAUUGGCCUAGAAAGGACCUUUCGUUUCUUUUUCCAAAAGCACAAAAUGAAAGCUACCGGUUUCUUCCUGGGGGGUGUGUUUGUAGUACUCAUUGGCUGGCCCAUUAUCGGUGUCGUGCUGGAGAUAUACGGCUUUUUCCUCUUGUUCAGAGGCUUCUUCCCUGUGGUGGUCGGCUUCAUCAGAAGAAUACCUGUCCUUGGCUCCAUCCUCAACCUUCCCUUCAUCAGUGCAUAUGUGGACAAAGUGAGCGAAAGCAACACGAUGGUAUAACACAGGCAUCUCGUACGCAUGGACGGCUUCGUUUGAACAUAAAAGAUUUUACACAGGAGCGAAAUCUGCCAUGGGGCCCUUUUGAGGUUGCUCUGGUGACGCAUACGGAUCAGGACUCCCUCCUGCACACGGAACAUGAAGAAGGACUGUUAUGUCGC